AUGAUUUACCACCAUAGACCGCGUCACCGCUUUCCAUCAGAAUCUGUUAAAAUCACAAAGAGAACUACACCUCAAGAUAUAAUAGAUAACAAGGAUAAAACCACAAGUGUGGCUGGAAUUUCAAAUCGUAUAGUUCAAACAUCCACUGAAGAGACAAGUAUUUUAAGGGUUGAUAAUGUUCAAGAUAUUCAAGCAAAACAGAUUGCAAGAGUACCAUGGCGUUCAAGUGGAAUUGAAAAAAGUAUUCAAUUAAAGGACGAGGCAGUUCUUGAAACAAAGCACUGGAGAAAACAGCGCAAGGAUUCAAAUAUUACUAAUGAUGUUUUCAGAUCCUCAGAGGAUUCAAAUAUUCUCCGUAUAGAUAAAAGUGAAGUAAUCAAUAAAAAUGAUACUACUGUUGAAGCUAAAAAUUGGCGUAAACAAAGAAGUGAAAAAGACAAAGAAAUUCAAAGGAUCCAUGAGAUAGAUGAUAGUACAAUUGUACAUGUAGAUGAGUCUGAAGAUUCAUUAACUGUAAAGAAAGAUGUUAAUGUAAAAGAUAAAUCUGAUGUCAGUUUUGGGACAACUAAAGAAACUAUACCUUGGACACAGGAGGCAAUAAAAUUAAGACCAACAAAGACAGAUAAAUCUUCAAAACCAAAAGAACAAUUAGAAAAAGUCCACUUAAAACCAGUACAAAAGAAACAAUUUGAUAAUGUAGAGACAGUGGUAAUUGAUGAAAGUAUUACCUCAGAGGAAAAUACCAUAAUUUUAAAAGUUGUUGAAGAAGGCGAAAGAAUACAGAACAUCAUUAAAGAUGGUAUUCAAGUAAAAUCGGAUAAAUUACAAGAGCAAGAAAAACCGCAGCAAGUUGAGUUAAAGCCAGUAAUGCGCGAAAAAGAAAAACACGUUGAAAAAAUUCAAUCGGAAGAAGUAUCGUGGCGCACUGGUAAACGUGUCUCAAAGGAGGAACAAGCAACAGAAGAAGUACUUCUUAAACCGGAACCAAGAAAGGAAAAAUCGGAUGAAGAAAAUCCGGAAGAAGUUAUACUUGAACCAUUUCAUAAAGAUAAAGUAAAGCACAUUGAAGAGAAUAAACCAGAAGAAGUCACUUGGCGUACCGGUAAAAGGAAGCCCAAAGAAGAACAUGUGGAGGGGGUAAGUCUUAAGCCGAUUCCUAGGAAAGAAAAACCGCAAGAAGAAAAACCGGAAGAAACAAAAUUGAAGCCUGUCAAAAAAGAGAAGACUAUUGAAGAUGCUUCUCCAGAAGAUGUCAAAUGGCCAACAGGAAUAAGAAAACCUAAAGAGAAGCAACCAGAAGACGAAGUUACUCUCAAACCUAUACCCAAGAAAGAGAAAUCAGAGGAAGAGAAACAUAAAGAUACACAGGUGCCUACAGCGAAACAAAAGCCCUUAGCUGACAGUGUGCCAGAUGCAGAAACUUUUCAAAAGAGUAAAAGGAAGCCUCAAGAAGAAAGACCAAUAGAGGAAGUUGUGCUCAAACCAGUACCCAGAGUGAAGAAAUCUGAAGAUAGAGUGGAGCCUGAAAAGGUAGAGCUAAAACCAGUAAAGCGUGAAAAAGGAAAACCAGUUGAAGAAAUUCAACCCGAAGAAGUAGCCUGGCGUACUGGAAAACGUAAGCCAAAGGAAGAACAACCAGCUGAAGAGGUUAUUCUUAAACCAGUGCCAAGAAAAGACAAACCGGUAGAAGAAAAACUGGAUGAAGUUAAUCUUAAGCCAGUUCAAAAAGGCAAGGUAAAGCCUAUUGAAGAGGCCAAACCAGAAGAAGUUUCUUGGCGUACUGGUAAGAAAAAGCCAAAGGAGGAACAAGCAGUAGAUGAAGUUAUACUCCAACCUAUACCGAAGAUGGAGAAGCCGGAAGAAGAUAAACGGGAGAUAGGUCACCUUAAACCAGUACAAAAAGACAAAAUAAAACCCAUUGAAGAGACCAAACCAGAAGAAGUAUCGUGGCGUACUGGUAAAAGAAAGCCUCAAGAGGGCCAACCAGUAGAGCAAGUUAUACUUAAACCCAUACCUAAGGAAGAGAAACCAGAGGAAGAGAAGUCUAAAGAGAUGCCUACAGAAAAACAAAGACCCUUAGAUGAGAGAGUGCCAGAUGAAGUAACUUGGUCAAAAGGUAAAAGACAGUCUCAAGAAGAAAACUCACUAGUUGAAGUUGUGUUAAAACCAGUGCCCAGAGAGAAGAAGCCUCAAGAUAUUAUAGAGCCUGAAAAGGUGGAGCUUAAACCAGUAAAGCGCGAAAAAGGAAAACCACUUGAAGAAAUUCAACCCGAAGAAGUAGCAUUGCGUACUGGUAAACGUAAGCCAAAGGAGGAAAAACCAGCAGAAGAGGUUAUUCUUAAACCGAUACCAAGAAAGGAAAAACCGCAAGAAGAAAAACUGGAUGAAAUUAAUCUUAAACCAGUACGAAAAGACAAGGUAAAGCCCAUUGAAGAGACCAAACCAGAGGAAGUAUCUUGGCGCACUGGUAAAAGAAAGCCCAAAGAAGAACAAUCUGCCGAGGAAGUAAAUCUUAAGCCAAUUCCAAAGGAAGAAAAACAAGAAGAAGAAAAACCGGAUGACAUUAAACUUAAACCAUUCCGAAAAGAUACGGAAAAGUCCUUGGAAGAGGUCCAACCUGAAGAAGUAUCGUGGCUUACAGGUAAAAGGAAGCCAAAGGAAGAAAAACCGACUGAAGAUGUUAGUCUUAGACCUGUACUGAAGGUAGAAAAGCUGGAAGAGGAACAAUCUAAACAAGAUCUUGAUAGAGAAAAGCCUACGGAACAAAAGAAACCAGAAGAAGUAACUUGGCGCACUGGUAAAAAGAAACCGAAGGAAGAACAACCAGUGGAAGAAGUUGCUCUCAAACCAAUUCCUAUAAAGGAAAAAGCACAAGAAAAAAAGCCAGAAGAAGUAGAACUGAAGCCUGUACAAAAACAAAAGACUGUGGAAGAUACCACUCCAGAAGAUGUCAAAUGGCCAACGGGUAAAAGAAAACCAAAGGAAGAACAACCAGUGGAAGAGGUUGCUCUCAAACCAAUUCCUAGAAAGGAAAAAGCACAAGAAGAAAAGCCAGAAGAAGUAAAACUGAAGCCCGUACAAAAACAGAAGACUGUGGAAGAUACCACUCCAGAAGAUGUCAAAUGGCCAACGGGUAAAAGAAAACCGAAGGAAGAACAACCAGAGGAAGAGGUUACUCUCAAACCAAUUCCUAGAAAGGAAAAACCACAAGAAGAAAAGCCAGAAGAAGUUAAACUGAAGCCCGUGAGAAAAGAAAAGAUUGUGGAAGAUACCACUCCAGAAGAUGUCAAAUGGCCAACAGGUAAAAGAAAACCCAAAGAGGAACAACCAGAAGAAGAGAUUAAACUGAAACCAGUACCUAAGAAACAACUUCCGGAAGAGGAAAUACCAAAAGCAAAAGUGGAAGUGCCUGCACCAAAACACAAACCUAUUGAUGAAAGUCUUCCAGAAGACGUAACUAAGCUAAAAAGUAAAAAGCCAAAAGAAAAACAACCAGUGGAGGAAGUGAGUCUCAAACCAAUAAUCAGGGGAGAAAAACCGGAGGAAGAAAAACAGGCAGAAGUACAACUGAAACCAGUUCCAAAAGAAAUGGAAAUGCCAAUUGAGGAGCUUAAACCAGAACAAAUAUCAUGGCGUACUGGAAAAAGGAAACCAAAGGAAGAACAACCAGAGGAAGAGGUUAUACUCAAACCGGUCCCAAAGAAAGAGAGACCGGAAGAAGAUCAAUCUAAAGAUGAAGAACUCAAACCGGUUCUAAAAGAAAAGGAAGAGUCUAUUGAAGAGGUGAAAUCACAAGAAAUAUCAUGGCGUACCGGUAAAAGAAAGCCAAAAGACGAGCGACUAGUAGAAGAAGUUAAUCUCAAACCGACACCGAAAGUGGAGAAACCAGAAGAAGAAACACUGGACAAAGUACAAUUAAAACCAGUUCAAAAAGACAAAGAAAAACCUGUUGAGGAGAUUAAACCAGAUGAAGUUACUUGGCGCACUGGCAAAAGAAAACCGAAAGAGGAACUACCUCAAGAGGAAGUUAAGCUUAAACCAGUUCCUAAAAAAGAAAAAUCGGAAGAAGAAAAACCUGAAGAAAUAAAACUCAAGCCCGUGAAAAAAGAAAAGAUUAUUGAGGAACCCUCUCCAGCCGAUGUCAAAUGGCCAACAGGUAAAAGAAAACCUAAAGAGGAACAACCAGGAGAGGAGGUAAUACUCAAACCAAUACCUCAUAAAGAAGAGCCGAAAGAAGAUACGCCAAAAGAAGAAAUACAAGUGCCCUCAUUAAAACAGAAGCCAGAAGUUAAGAGGAAGCCUAAAGAAGAAAAACCAGAAAAUGUAGAACUUAAGCCAAUAAAGCAUGAAGAAAACAUUGUUGAAGAAAUUAAAUCAAAUAAAAUAAAAGUUGUUGAAGAGGUUGUUGUCAAAUCGGAAGAGCCUGAAGAGAAAAAAGAAUCUCAGGAGGACCAAUUUACAGAUGUUGUAGAUGAAGUUAUUACUCAUAACGAAAAAGUCAUAAAAAAGAAGAAGGUAGUUAAGAAAGUGUCAUUGGAAAAAGAAACCGAAUUGCAAAAAAGUUCUGAAAAAGAAAUUGGGCCUAUAAUUAUACAACCUCUCCAAGCCGCAGUCGUGAAUGAACAUGACAAUUUUGAACUUACGGUUAUGUUUAAUCCAAAAACUGUUAGUAGCAUUACAUGGUUCAUGAAUAACAAAGCUAUUGAAGAAAAUGAUGACUGUAUAAUUCACACGGAAACUGGAAAGUCUAUAGUAAAAAUAAGACACGCUGAUAAAAAAAAAAUUGGCAAAUAUGAAGUUAUAUUAGAAAAUAAUAAUAUCGUAGCAAAGUCUGCCUCAACAGUGAAAUUAAAUAAAUCCGUUGGCGUAGAAAACGUUAAUCCUCCGGUAUUCAUAAGGCCUUUACAACCCAAAUUUGUGCGAUUAGGAGAUGUCAUACUUUUAGAAACUGAGGUUACCUCAAAUCCCUGUGCAUCAUUCCAAUGGUUUUUGGGUAACAGAGAAGUCAGCACAUAUAUUAAACAAAAUAAGAUACGAAAUAUGUAUGUUACCAGCAAAGAUAAUAUUUCUUGUUUAUGUAUUGAAAAUAUUACAAAUAAUUUGGAAGGCAUUAUAACAUGCAGAGCCGAAAACUUUUCUGGAUCUGUUUCAUCUUCUGCUUCGCUUUUCGUUGUGAGCGAUGCAGUCGAUAAUGUUUUAGGAGAACCACCUAAAUUUAUUGAUCAUUUAAAACCGACAACAGUUAUGGAUGGUGAUCCUAUUUUAUUAAGCUGUACAGUCGUGGGAGAGCCUUGGCCAAAAAUAGAAUGGUUUCAUCAUGAAAAGUUGUUAGAGGUGGCUAGAGAUGUCACUAUCGGCAGACAGGAAUCUGGAUUAUGUGAAUUAUGCAUAAAAGAAGCUUUCCCCGAAAUGACAGGAAUCUACAAAUGUGUAGCUACAAACGAGUUUGGGCAAUGUACCAAUGAUUGUGUAGUUAAUGUGGAAGCCUAUGAAUACGUACCCAGUGCUUCAGAAGAGGAUCUCUUGAGUGACGAGAAAACAAGUGAUAUCGAAGAAUUUGCACCGAAAAUAGUUAAAGCACUGCCAACGGUAGUGAAAUCAAAUGAAGGCGAAUUGACAAGAUUUGAAGCUAAAGCAGUCGGCGUACCAAAACCUCAGAUAAGAUGGAUGAAAAAAGGGGUUAUAAUAAAGCACUCCAAGCAGUAUCAAAUGGAAGAAAUGGAAGAUGGUACAUCUGUUUUGAUUAUUCCUCAAGUGCUCCAGGAAGACACAGGAGAUAUAAAGUUUGAGGCUUACAAUCCACUUGGUGUUACUACCACAGUAGCUGCAUUAUCCGUUCAGAGUCUUAUCGGCACCAAGGAAUACAGGAAGCCCGAAUGGGUAACACAUAUGGAAGAAUUACAAGCUGCAUUACAAGCCACUCAAUCAGUUCCAACUUUCGUACAAAAUAUAUUAUCUGAACGUGUUCAGGAAGGAGAAACCGUCACCUUUGAUGCUAUAUUUAGUGGAAAUCCCCAGCCAGAAAUUAUUUGGUAUAAAGAUGAAAAACCGAUAAUGACAGAUAGCAGCUUCCAAAUUGAAACUAAGGAUAAUAGAACUAUAUGUAAGGUUAAAAAAGUAGCAAAGAAAUCUGAGGGAUCAUACAGCUGCAAAGCAGUGAGUGAUGUUGGCAUGGCAAUAACAAGGGCAACAUUACAAGUAUUUGAAGCUGAUGAAAAGUUUGAAAAGAUUAAAAAGAAAAGAGUGAAAUCACUGAAACAGGACACAAUAGAAGAAGCUAAAGCUGAAACAUUAAUUGAAGAAACAUCUUCGUCCGUAAUCAAAACAGAAGUAGAUGUUAUGGAACAGCCUGAUCAUAUAGUAGAAGCUAAAGAAGAGAAGGCAAUCAUGUCUGUAAAGGAACUAGAUUAUGUUGAAACUGUGGAUGUUGCCACUUCCAAGAAAGUUGAGACUAAAGUAAAGAAAUCUGUGCAAAGAAAACCCGAAAAUAUUGAACCAAAGAUCACUCCUCACGAUUAUAUAAUAACAUCUGAGGAGACUAAAGAUGAAUCAGUUGAGUCAUUUGAAAAGACUUCGUACAAUUUGGAAAAAAUACAAACCAAGAAAGUCUUAUCUGAUUCACAUUUGAUCGCAGAAGUGAAUGAAUUAUUAGAAGUAAUCAAUGCUAAGGAAUUUGGUCCCGGAGAGUCGCCCUUACGUGAGCUUGCUACUAUUGGAUAUAUGUUAAGAAAUGGUGUUACUGUUGAAGAAAUUGAAAUCUUAUAUGAAUCAGAACAUUUUCCUUCAUUAAGGGUACCACAGUCACAAUCGGCAUUAGUACAAUUAGUGGAAAGACAGGGCCACGGGGCCCUUAUUACAGAAGUACUUACGGAAGAAACUGCGGAAAGUGAGGAUAUUAUUGCAGCGAAGGUUGGUUUUAAAGCUUUCAUGAAAAUGGUGGAAAUGAAACAUACUUCAGUGGAAGAAGUAAUAGCUCAUUUGUACCCAGAAGAUUUUACGCCUCGUUCAUGGGAACAAAAGGGAGCGCAUGAGACAAUAGAGACUGAAGUAAAAGAAAAAGCUGAAAUGCAUGCCCCAGAAAUUCACAAAGACACAUUGAAGAUAUCGGAAGAUAAAAUAAGUAAAAAAGAUAACACUGAAAUUGAACAAGUAAAACGCAAAAAACACACAAAACUGUCUAAAACAUCUGAAGUCUACAAUGAGGGUGUUACUGAAAUCGUACAAAGCUCAAGACAACAGCGUUCAAAGGAUGUUACUCAAUUUGAACAAGAAGAAGAAACCAUUUCCCUCGACGAUGAACCAAUACCUCUUGUAAAGAGUUUGCCCAUGGACUUCCAUGAAAAUUUGAUUGAAGUUAUACCAUCCAGUGAAGCAACGAACAUUAUUCCCGAUGAAAUAAAUGAGCAAAAAGCUAUUAUAAAACUGGAUACAAAUCAAUCCCUCAUAAAUGAAAUGCAGCAGUCACAAGAAAAUGAAAAACCUUUACCAAUAAAAUCUAAAUCAAAACAUUUCAUUAAGUCUACAUUCACUGAAGCUGAACCGUUACAAGUUACUGAGAUAGAUAUAGAACAUUCAGUUGAAAAAUACUUAGCAAGCGACGUAACCAACGAGAAUGUAACAAAUACAUAUAUUGUAUCAUCUGAAGGAGUAGAAACUUCUGAAACUAUUGUUAAUAUUUCAGUAGGUCAAGUAGAAAAUUGCGAUCAACAAGAGGGAGUCGCGAAACCAUCUCUGUUAUUGAAAAAUGCUAUUAAGGUAACAGAACAAUUUGCCCCAAUUAAAGAAAGCCCUAUAUGUGAUUCUUCUAUAAAAGAGUCUGUUGCGGCCGUUACCCUUUCUCCUCUUUCUGGCUUGAAUGUAGAAGAAGUAAAACCCAAUGAUAAAGAGGAAGAUUUGGUGACAAAACCAAUUGAGAAAACAGUAACCCCAAAACCUAACUUUAGUUUAUUAGAAUCUAUAGAAGUCGGAGAAGUAUUUGUAGAGGAUAAAUCAGGGAAAUACUACCCUGAAUUAAUAGUACCAACUGAAAUGGCUAAAGAAGAUGUUAUAGUUUCGAAUCAAAUUUCAACAGAAAUUCUUAAUAUUCAAGAAAAAGAGAGCGCGUUUGAUAUUCCAAAAGCACCAAGUUCACAAGAGGCAAAAUUAAACCUUAUCUCAAAAGAUAGUAUUGUCGUUUCUACUAAUACUCCCCAUGAAAAAGAAGGAAAUUUAGAACCAUUCAGUGAUUCUUCAACAAACGCUAGUGUAGGUGAAGAUAUAGGAACUCACUUUAGCCUUGAUAAUUUAAUUACAACUUCACACAUUAAAGAAUCAGAACUCCAACCAACCCAGUACGCGGAAAAACUGGCUAAUGUUAGUUUUAAUGAACAUCAACACACAUAUAAAGUUGAACCGCAAAUUCAUGAUUCCGAAUAUAGCCUAGAAAAGGAAAAACUAGCUAAUGAGAUGUAUGCUCAGAUGAAUGUUACAGCAUUGCAAAAAAAUAUAACGGAAGAAGUUCAAGUUCAUGAACGGGAAACAAGAUUUCCAGUUAAAGAAGAUAAACCAUCCAUGACAGCAAAUAUUGAAAUGGAUGUUGCUGAACCAGUAAUAAUGUCUGAAACUGUUGGUAUUUCACCAAUGGAUGAGUUUAUGGUCUCAGAAAAGAAAUUAGAUGAGAUUGCUACAGAAUCUUUUAUAACGGAGACCGCUAAAACUAUAAGCACACCAUUUGUGCACGAUCAAGAAAUUCCCGAGAACUAUUCAUUUAAAAAACCUGAAAAUAUUACAGUUUCGCUUACUCCAAACAUGUCUUUAACUGUUUCACAAACGGAAACUUCUGACUCAGCGGAAAAUCUUGGCAUUAAUAAAACACCUGAGCUAAAUACUGCGCUUAAAGCACCAACACAUCAUUUGAAGACGCCUCUAUCCGAAAUAAUAACUACUGCUGAUCAGAUAACACUUUUAAACGAAUUGGAGCAAAAAACAGAUACAGCCACGGAGCAAAGAGAUAUAUUAAAAGAAUUGUUAGUAACAGAAGCAACAGUAAGUGAACAAAUAUGCCAGUUUGAUCGUAUUGAAAUACCUAAAAAUGAAGCAAUAACUACCUUUUCAGAAAAAGAAAGUAUUAAUAUUAGCGAAAUAGUACCAAAUGUUGCUGAGGAUGUUUUUAAAACUAUGCCUAGUGAAAACAAGAAAGCACAUAUAAACAUGGAUGUAAAUCACAAAGUUCCUGUAGUUUUAGAAGUUAGUUCUCGAGAAUCCGCUAAUGAAUUUAAUUUAUCACUAACUCUCACCGAAGAAGCUUUAGUAAAACAAAAUAUUUUAUCAUCAGUUAUGGUGUCUGAAAGUAAAUGCUUGGAUAGUCAAGGAAUAUUACAAGACUUUACAAAACCAGAUGAAAAAACUAUUACAUCAGAAAUUGUUCCAUUACAGGAUAUUAUUAGUGUAAUGGAAACAGUACAUAAUGAAAAAGAAGGUACUUAUGAUAAAAGUGUCUCUCCUAAAAGCUAUAGCGCUUCUUCUGAUGUUUUUGGACACCCAGUUGCAGUCUCUUCUGAAACGGUAGCAGACUCCAGUGUUUCAUUAACGUCAGAUAUCCAUAUGCCCAAACAAACUCAGGCUAAUGUUGAAAACAUACCGCAUAAGGAAUUGUGCGUCACAUCUACCAUUUUCAAUGAGAAAGAAAGUACUCUUUUAAGGGAAACUCCCGUCAACUUCACUGCUUCUACUGAAAUAUCUGAAUGUGAGGCUUUGCUCAUAGAAGAAAAUAAAGCAGUAACAGAACCUUCCAUUUUUAACGCUUCUAAAAUAUUACCUAAAGCAAUCGCACAAAGUGACACAAUAACUACAGAGGCUAUUAUACAAGAAGAAGUUUUAGUUAACAUGCAUGAGGGUUUGCUAAAAACUGAUAAUAAGGAAUUACAAGCAACCAAGCCGUCUGUAACAAUUAGUGGUUUGCGAGUGCCAGAAUAUAAUGAAAAAGUACCGAUCGAAAAAGAACUAAAAUUGUCAUUACCACAAUUUCCAGAUGAGCAAAAGGCUGAUAUAUUACAUAGUCAUCAUCAUGGUAUAAUUACUUCCGAAGUUCUGUCUCAGACAGAUAACAUACAAGAAGCUCAAGAUUUUCAUAUGUCUCUUAAAAAGGCAGUUGGUAAAAUUGAUGAAAUUUAUAGAAAAGCUCCUGAAAUUGAGGAGGUCGUUACAAAUCAAGUUCCUGAAGAAAUUUCAUGUAAUGAUAUUGACCAACAACGAUCCAUCAUGACACAUGUUGCAGCACACCACUUAGAGAGUACUGAAGUAGUGCCAGUGGAAAGUGAAUCUAUGAUACCGAAGCAAUCAAUAUCGGAAAAUAAACUUACGGGCGAAAUCAUGCAAAGCCAAGCCAUUUUAACAAGUUCUAUUGAAACUAUGGAAAACGUGGACGAUUAUUGCAAACAAAUAACUAAAGUACCGACUCAGGAUGCCGACGUUGGUUUUGUACCUUUUUGCGGCACCGUAAAUACAGAGGUCAUAGUGUCCAAUGAUAUUGAAGGUAUGCCGAAAAUCUUGGAAAAGACUGUCAAUGCAAUUCGUACACAAGAUGAGUUGAGGCAAUAUGUUCAUGGAUUCCAAGUUUUCGAAGGCGAUACAGAAUCUGAAUUUGUUCCUUAUAAAAUACCUUUGGACCAGGAAGCAAAAACGGCUCUUGUUGAAUUAACGGCUAAGGAAAUAUUGGAGGUUCAAUUCAUUGAAGGAGAAAAUGCCAUAUCUAGUGCAAUCUCUGAUGUUAAUGUAAAGAAGGCAAGUGUAAGUCUUAACCAACAACAGUCGUUGUUUAAUAUAGAAGUGAUUGCCCAUGAUAAUAGUGAAGAACUUUGUAUAGCAGAAAAACCAAAAGCUAGUGCUAUAUCGAGUCAGGGGUUACAAGAAGCUAUCGAGAAGUCUGAACAAUUUAUAUUAGAAACGGAAAAACCAUACAGGGAUGUAAUACCAGUAUCUAAAGAAACAACAGGAGGCAUUGAGGAACAUAAAUCUUUAGAUGUAACUGAAAUUAUACCGACAGAAUCAGAAAUUGUCCUGAACACUUUACCAUCUACACAGCAAACGGUAUCAGUAGCUCAUAAUUUUGUUGUGAAUUCUGGAAUAAAAGUAAAUGAAACAGUGUUUAACGAGCAUGAGGAGAUAUUUUCGACUGAAGAUUUGAAAACUAGUAGUGCUGAUGUGAAUCUACGACCAUCUGAGAGUAUAAAAGUAAUAGAAGAUGUCGUAGCUGAAAAAGAAGAACGACUUAAAAUUAAUAAACUACCCGAAGCUGUUUCGAAUGCUGUUAAUUUAAGUCCACAUAAGCACUUAAAUGUGGAAAUGUGGCAACUUGCAGAAACAGAAGCAGCUUUCAUAGAAAAAGAUAAUGCAAAAGAAACUAGCGGCAUAAUUGAUAUAGAGACUUUUAAGUCACUGAAUGUGAGUAAAAUAGAACCAGAACAACAACGUGAGGAUUUGGAAAUUAUUGAGCCUUCUAAGUCACAUAGCACUUCUAUAAAUGUUCUUACUGGUGAUCAUCUUAGUGUAUGCGAAACUUUGCCACUGGAACGAGAAACUAAUUUACCCAAAACGGCACUCGAAAAAUCAAGCCAAAUUACUGCUACUUUAGAUACAUCAAAAUAUGUGACAGUCAUAGAAGUAAAACCAACAGAAAAAGAAAAUUUAUUUGAUGGCGUAUUUGAGCGACCAAGUCAAACUUGUACUUCAACUAUUGAAACAACUUCAUCUAUUGAAGUACAAGAAGUUUUAACAAAAGAAUCUGAACAAUACAUGUCACCUGAAGAUAUUUCAAAAGUUGUUAAGUCAAAUUUAGUUGUUGAACCCCAACAUCAUGUUUUUGUGAGCGAUGUAUCAGUUAAAGAACGUGAAGAAAACUUAAAUAUUGAUACUUUCCCGUCAUGUAAAAAUGAAAAUAUUGGUAUAAUAACAGCUAAGCAUAUUUUAACAUUUGAAAAUGUUCCAAUGGAGAUUGAAUCAGAUGUUAUAUGCAAAGAUUUUAAUAAACCUGAGAAUGCUCAUCAAGAUCGUGUUGUAUUAGAAGGGCUGUAUAGUGAGCAGCCAAAUAUUUUAGAGCACGCUCAGGAAAUCACAACAGAAAUCACUUCAGACGUCGUUCUUAAUGUCAAGGCAGAUAUUGACAGUCUAAAAGCGGCAAAUCAAAGUACAGUAACUGUACAAGAACAUCCUGAACAAUUGCCAAAUUUCAUACAAACAAAAGUAAAAGCAACAGAAACAUCUGCCCCAGAACAAGAUGUUUUUGAAACGUUAUUGACACAAGUUAUGGAAAGUACUGAUAAGUUAAGUGACCAAGAGAUGUCAAUAGAAAGCAAAGCACAAUUGCAUGUAGAAACUCAUAAAAACAUUUUUACUCAGGAAUAUAUAACUCACGAUGUGCCUAAAGAUUUAGUUCACCAAAAAGGUGAGGAAUUACACGCUGAAAAAAGUUUAUCAGAGUUGCAACCUGUUCAAAAAACUGAGGUAAUCACUGAGGAAAGAACUGAAAUGUUAAGUAAAGUUGCUGCUGUUAAGGACGGAACAGCUACUGAGAGUCAUGUUAUCCAACAAAGUAUAGAAAAUGUAAGGCCGGAGUUAUUUGAAAAUACUGGCGAUUUAAUAAACCAGUAUAAACCUAACCUUACGAAAGCUUCUCUUGACUUGGAAACACAUGUAAGCUUUAGUGUUUCUGAAAAUUCUACUCAAGAAAUACCAUUACUGUUAAAAAUUGAGUCAGACCAACCAAUCAAAGGUAGAAAAGUGAUUCCUGAAAUGAAUCCUUUAGAACAAAUUGAAGUAGUUUAUGACGAACAGAUAACGGAUGUUCAAAAACAAAUAAUAAAUAAGGAAAAUAUUAAAUCCAAAACAAUCGAAAUGUUACCGAUCACUCAAUUAGAUGUUAUAGUAAGUGAUAAUGUAACAGACACUGACUUUAAACAAAGUUCUCCUCGUGAUAAGGCCUCCUUAUCAAUGACAACAGUGGAAGGAAUACAUGUUCUUGAAGUUAACGAUGAGUGUUCUUCGAAACCUAUUCCAAAAACAGAUAAUAUUUUCGUCAAUGCCACAACAACUCUUACUCCAUUACCACACAUACAGUGCGUAGAAAAUAUUGUUGAUUCUCAAUUAGAAGAAUUAGUUACUCACACAAGCAAAUUAAAAACAGUCACUGUUACAACACCAUCCAUAACACCGUUAAUAGUUUCUGAACAUGAAUGCUUACAACAUGAGUCUGUAAUUCCAUCGAAACUAUCGCCCGAAAAUCAAAAAGCUAAGACUGGUGUUACGGUAUCACAAGUACUUGAGGUAAAUAAUGAGUUUGUAAAUGAGCAAACGCAACCUUAUGAUGAUGAUAAACCCAGCGCGCAUCAAUCUAAUUUAACAAGUGUGGAAGAUCAAUCUAUUGAGGUUAUACAGCCAGUAGUGCAUACGAUGGACAAAUCAGACAUUUCAUCAAUUUCGCCCAAAACAUCCGAUAUUGAAGAAACAGAAGAAAUUGUUUCAAAGUUUGUAACUGCGCCGGGUCAAGACGAACCAAUACAGAUAAGAACUAAGAGAACAAUAAUAAGGAAAAAAAAUCGGUCGAAAGUAAGCGAGGCAUCAGGAGGUGACGUUGUAAUAGAGGAAUCUUUAGAUGACGAAUACCCUGAUAAACAAAGAGAACCAAAAAGCUACGAUGUCAAAAUAGAAGAAUAUGUAGGAGACGAAUCGUAUAUUCACUUUGACAAUGAUACGAGUACAAUCGAGAUGCCAGAUGAAUUUUUACAUAUACCGAAAAUGCACACGCAAGUACAAAUCGAAGAAAUGAUGGAUGAACAAAUUGCUUUCAAUAUAGAAUCUACUACAAACGAAAGCGUAGAACCACUUGAUCUAUUAUUCAAACCAGUAAAAAUAAUACCUGUGGAAGAUGAACCGGAAACAGUGGAGUUAACAAAAACCAAAACAGAGAAAGGUGAAGUGCAAAACGUAAAAACAAAGAAGCGGCUAGUCAAGGGCAAAGAUGGUGAGGUGCAAGAGGUACAUGAAAUAACUGUAAUAACUUCGACGACUGUCGAACCAGAGGAGGUUCAAGAAGUUCCAGAAGAGACUACCGUCGAAGAAAAUGAAACACCUGAAGAUGUCUUCAAGAAAAUUGAAACGCCUGAAGAAAUUAAAACAGAAGAAGACGAAAAGCCAUCACUUCCUCAAAAGACUGUAACCCUUGAAGUAACGGAUAAAACAAAGAAAAAAUUAAAACCCCAGAAAAUCGAGCAUGUUUCACUAGAGAUGAGUUCCCCUCAAAAACCUGAAGAGCUAGAAGGGCCUCAAUUUGCUAAACUGAAGCUUAAAAAGCCUACACAAAAACCCAGAGAAGAACCAAAGACAGUAGCUUUACCUAAGUUUCAAUUAAAAAGCAGAAUAAAAUUAAUCACGGAUUGGCCUCCAAAUCCAAUAAAACCUAUACUUACUAAUAUAGGAAGCAUAAAGCAGUGUGGAGAUUUAUCACGAAAUAUAAAAGAGGCUAAAAAGAUUAAAAAGAAAAUAAUAAAAGAAGAAUUACUUCCAGAUCUAGAAAAGACUGAAUUAGAGCAGCUUGAAAAAAUAGAAUUUGAUAGAGCUAAAGAUAUUACUGAUACAGUCGAAGUUUUACCGAACCAGCAAUCGAAAGAACCGUUAAAAGAAGAAACAGUAACAAAUGAAAUUCCGGCUAGCAAAAAGAAAAAUAAAUUGGUGCCCAUUAAAAUAGAACAAAAAGUGUUGCAAAUAGAUAAGCCGCAACAUGCAGAAAAUACUGAAGGACCUCAAUUUACGAAAAUUAAACUAAAGAAAACUAUAACACAAGAGAAACAAGACCGUGCCAUUGCUAAAAUUCCUAAAUUACAAUUAAAAAGCCGAAUAAAGUUCAUAAACGAUUGGCCACCAGAGAUAUUAAAACCGUCUGUUUCUAUAAUAGAUAGUAUAAGACAGAGCGGCAUAUUAUCAAGAAAUGUCAAAGAAGCUGCAAAAAUAAAGAAAAAACCUAUAAAACAAGUUGUACUCCCAGAAGUUGAAAAAAUUGAAUUAGAAAAGCCGAUGUUUACACAUGAAGAUAUAAUUGAAUCAAAAAUUCAGCUUCCAGAGGAUGAUAAAUCAAUCAACGAGAACAUAACAAGUGACGAAAAGGAUGAAGAACCAGAACAAUUCACUAUACUUCCUCGCAAACCUAGUUUGAAAAAAGUGGAGGAAAUAGAAGAUGAAGUUGUUAUAAAAAAGAAAUUAAAACCUACUCGAAAAUCAUCUGUAACACUGCCCGAAAUAACGGAACCAGAAAUAGUUGUCUUUAGACCGAAAAGUACCAAAACUUUGGAAGACGUUGAACAGGAAUUUAAUAUCCAAUUGAAUUCUUAUGCAGAGGAAGAGAUAUCCAUGUCUAGUAAAGUGAAAUUAAAACCACAAAAGCAACCCACUUUUGGAGAAGAAGCUAAUGAAACUUCCAUUAAAUUCUAUGAAGAUGAUCAAUCGGUAGAAGAAAUUAUUAUUUCUGAUACUGAAAGUGAUGUGGAUAAAGAAUCUGCAAAUGUGGUUUUAUCUAUGAAAAAAUCAAAAGUCAUGCAGAAAACACAUGAAGAGGAUAUGUCUGUAACUUUGGCUAAGCCAAAAAAACCUAUUGAAACUUCAGAAAUUAUGGAAGAUGUAAAUAUAACUUUAGAUAAAAAACAUGAAUAUGUCAUAGAUAAUCAAGAAGAAAUUGCCUUUGAUAUAAAGCAACAAAUAGAACAACGUAAGCAAGAAGAUUUGACCCUUUCUAGUAAAAUUAAAAUUAAGCCUAAGAAAAAGGUUAGUAAAACCGAAGCAGCUGAUGAAGUUUCAAUUAAAGUAGAAAAAUAUAUCGAAGAUACUGAACAAGUGGAAGAAGUAAUCAUAAGUGAAGAUGAAUCAGAAGGAAAUGUAGAAAUGGUUCUUAAACGAAAACAAAAGAAGACACCGUACGAAGUAAACGAGGUAGAAGAAUUAAACGUGGCACUCAAACCGAAAAGGGUUAACAAAGCACCAACAUUUGAAGAAGAGGAAAUUACCAUAUCAGCAAAGCGAAAGCCUAAGAAGCCUUUAACUAUACAAGAAGCAGAUGUAACGAUGAGUAUAGCAAGAGAACAAGAAUUCCCAGAAACUCCAGUUAAUGUACGCUCUGGUGACAUCGUAUUCGCAGUUUACUCGUAUGUUGCCGAAACUGAUGAAGCUAUAAGUUUAGUAGAGGGUGAACGAUUGUACAUACUAGACACAACGAAUCAGGACUGGUGGUACGUACGUAAACAUCUCACUGAAGAAAAAGGUUGGGUUCCUGCUCAGUACUUAAUGGAUGAAGAGAAUUAUACUUUGUAUCUACAGAAGAAGUUGAACGAAAAAAUAGAUAAACUUCCAGUAUUUGAAAAGCCAACAUCUGAAGAACAAGCCAUUGCUCCUAUAUUUGUUGAAAAGCUACGGCCAAAACAUACACCUGAUGGCUCCACCGUCCAAUUCGAAUGCCAAGUUGAAGGCUAUCCAAGACCACAAAUCACUUGGUUCCGACAGACUGCCAUUAUUAAACCAUCGCAAGAUUUCCAAAUGUAUUACGAUGAUGACAACGUUUCGACACUUGUAAUUCGCGAAGUAUUCCCAGAAGAUGCGGGUACAUUCACAUGCGUUGCGAAAAAUGCAGCAGGUUUUGCCUCGAGCACAACCGAGUUGAUAGUCGAGGCUCCUCUUUCUGACCACGGAUCUGAAAUGACUAUUUUGUCCCGAAAGAGUCUUUCAAGAGAAUCGUCAUUGGCAGAUAUUUUGGAAGGUAUACCACCAACCUUUUCAAAACGUCCAAAAGCACAAUACGUCGAUGAAGGAUCUGACAUAUAUCUUGAAUGUCGUUUGGUCGCAAUACCCGAGCCUGACAUCACUUGGUUGUUCAAAGGUGAUGAAAUAAUGCCAAAUGAAAAUAUUUCUAUAGUCACUGAAUCAGACAUGCAUAUGUAUUGCAGUGUAUUAAAAAUAUCUCAUGUUAAAAAAUGUCAAGAGGGAACAUACACUGUAUUAGCGAUGAAUAGGGAAGGUGAAGCAAGCUUGCCAAUUGUUCUCAAAAUUAAAACGGGAGAAAAAGAAAAACCGCAAGUAAUUGAACCAUUGAAAAAUAUAAGCAUUCGGGAAGGUGAGAGUUUCGUACUAACGACUCAAGUGGUUGGAAAUCCUGAACCUAAAGUUACGUGGUUCCGUAAUAAUAAACUUCUUAAAUCUGUUCCUGUGAAAUCUGAUGGCAAUGUUCAUUCCAUUACAAUUAUUAAACCUAAGAAAGGAAAGGAUGAUGGAGUAUACACAUUGAAAGCCAUCAACUCAGAAGGUGAAACAGAAACGAGUGCUGUAAUUGUAAUUGAAGAACCAACAGAAGAAAAUGCGGAGCCUCCUCUGUUUAUUCAUCGAUUCCAAGAAAUAACUGUUAAAGAAAAGGAAACUAUAAAACUUACUGCUAAAGUGACUGGAAAUCCCGUACCUUCGAUAACAUGGUAUAGAAAUAAUAAAAUAAUUACACCUUCAGAAACAAUAACGCAAAGGUUUGAUGGUGAAAAUAUUGAAUUAAUUAUUACAAAUGUGGACUCGGAAGUAGACUCAGGUGAUUACAAAUGUGUCGCAUCCAACAGUGCCGGAAAAGCAUCGCACGGUGCAAAAGUGACAAUUGAUGUUGAAAAAGUAACUUUUGUGAAGAAAUUAGAGAAAACAUAUGAAAUUGAAGAAGGAAAAACGGUUAUAUUAGAAUGCAAAACAUCACACACAGUUUCCACAAAAUGGUACCAUAAUAACAAGGAAUUGAGUGGUAUGGAUCAUAGAGAAAUUAUACAAGAAGGAAGAUUGCACAAAUUAAGAAUUAAAAAAGCAAAACUGUCCGAUAAGGGAACAUUAAAAUGCGUUGUUAAAGAUCAGGAAACCAGUACCAGCUUAACUGUACACGAGACUAUACCUGAAUUCUUACGUAGGCUUCAAGAUUUUGAGGUUAAAGAAAAAGACAUUGCCAUUCUUGAAGUUGAAAUCAAUUCAGAAACAGCUGAUGUAAUCUGGGAAAAGGAUGGUGAAGAAAUUAAAUCUAAAAAGAACAAGUAUGAAUUGGAAAAGCGUGGAAACGUUCGUAAACUAUUUAUAAGGAAUACAUCUGUGCAUGAUGAAGGCGAAUAUGUAUGCAAGUUAAGAGAUGAUUUAUGUACUGCAGAAAUAACGGUUGUCGAAUUACCUCCUGAAAUUAUAUCAAGGCUACAAGACCAAAGAGUAAAUAAAGGACAUAAAGCUACAUUUGAAAUUGAACUCACUAAGGGUGAUGCUCUAGUGAGGUGGCUUAAGGAUGGCUCAGAAAUACAAUUUUCGAACCACAUGCAGCUAACGAUCGAUGGAAAGAAACAAAAGCUAAAAAUAUAUGACUGUGAUCUUAGUGACGCGGGCGAAUACGCAUGUGAAGUCGGAAGUGAGAGAUGUGUAGCGAAGCUUGUUGUGGACGAACCUUCUAUUGAUUUUACUAUACGUCUACCAGAAACUGUAGUCAUUCCAUUGGCCGCAGAUGCCUACUUAACGGUCGAAGUACCGGAUGAAAAAUAUGAUGUGGUGUGGUACAAGCGAAAGACUGUCCUCGAAGAUACUGACAAAUUCACGUUGAUAAGAGACGGAAAGAAGCGAACCCUUAUUAUAAGGAACUGCAUCGAAGAGGAUCAAAGUGAAUACUCUUGUGUCUUAUUUGAUGCAAGGUGUUCUACGAAAUUGAAAGUUGAAGUUAUUGAAUUCCCGCCUAAAGUUAUUGCUUAUGAAAAGGAAUAUAAAGUAAAACGCGGCGGCGAUGUUACUAUCAAUGUUCAGUAUGAAGCAAACCCACCUCCAAAUGACGAAUGGAUCGUAAAUGCUAAGAUUAUCAAAAGAUCUAAACAUACAAAACCAUCCAUCGAUUCACAAAAUGCAAGCCUUACCAUAAGGAAAAUUGAACAUUCCGACGCUGGUAUUUAUAAACUCAAACUCGAAAAUAACUGUGGAGUAGUAGAAAUUGAAAUUAAAGUCAUCGUUAUGGAUAUUCCUUCACCGCCCGGAGCUCCAAAAGUGCUUGACGUCGAUAACACGUUUGUGAAUAUUUACUGGAGUGAACCUACCGAUACUGGAUAUUCACAGAUAGAAUGUUAUGUUGUGGAAUAUCAAGAGAUAAAUACAACCGAAUGGAUUUCCAUAGAAAGUAUAAGGAAGAACCAAUACUGCGUCGAAAAUUUGAAGACAAAAUCUUCGUAUAGAUUCCGCGUGUUCGCUGUAAACGAAGUAGGUAUAAGCGAAUCUUCUGAGGUCACUGAAUUUAUUCGAAUUGAAAAAGCUAGUGUAGGUCAAGCACCUAGUGUAGAAAAACCACUCAAAGAUAUUAUAGUUAACCCCGAUGAAAGCGUGGAGCUUUCUUGUAUAUUCGGUGGUGUUCCUGAGCCUAAAGUAAUAUGGGUUAAGAACGGAAAACAAUUGAAAACAGCUAAAGCAACAUAUGUCAACCGAGUAGCAACUUUAGUUAUAACAGCUUCUAAGACAUCUGAAGGUGAAUACAAAUGUAUCGCUACGAAUGAAUUCGGUGACGUUGAGACGUCGUGUAAUUUGGAGAUACAGUUGAAGCCUAUUAUAACUGUGGCCGACAGUGAAAUUGAUCAAAAGAAUAAGAUUGACAAAGAAUGGUCAGUUACGGCGAAUAUUGAAGGAAUUCCGCGACCAAACGUUAUUUGGUAUAGGAAUGGUACCAGACUUGAAACGACGGAAGAGAUUGAAAUAAUAACGACUGAAAUCACGAGUAUCAUCAGGAUAUCUAAACUUAAGCGAUCUCAUAGUGGUAAAUACACUAUAGAAGCAAGUAACAAAGCAGGAACUUCUGCAUUGGAUCUUUCUCUCAAAGUAUUCGAUAAGCCCAGUAAACCCAAAGGCCCAGUAGUCCUCCGAGAAAUUAGUAGAGAAUCAGUAACAAUAGAAUGGAAACCACCAGUCGACGACGGUGGUAUCGAACUGACCAAGUAUGCUAUAGAGAAGCAUGAUCCUGAAGUAAAUCAAUGGGUGAGAGUGGCCGAUGUCAAUAAGGACGUGGAAACAUAUUGCAUUCAAAGACUGAACGAAAACUGUGAAUACAUGUUCCGCGUUAUGGCGCAAAAUCCCGUCGGCGUAUCGGAGGCUUUGGAAAGCGAACCGAUUGUUAUUAAGACUGCUUUAGACGUUCCAUCCCCACCCUUGGGUCCAUUGGGUAUAUAUGGUAUUGACAACAAAUCUGUUACAAUAACAUGGAAUCCUUCGGAGAAAAACGGAGGUUCAGCAAUUCUGGAUUACUCCGUUGAAAUAAAGCAGGAUUCCAAACAAUGGAUACAUGUGGCGACCGUACCAGAAACAUUGGCUGAAAUAGACAAACUAUCACUAAACUCCACAUAUCAAUUUAGAAUAUGCGCUAGAAAUGAAAUUGGCACGAGUUUGCCAUACGUUUCUGACGAGAAGAUAACUAUUGGAAAAACAUUGUCUCCUCCCUCACGGCCUCAAAGGUUCAUAGUAAGGGAGAUAACAUCUAGGUCUGUGACACUGCAGUGGGCCGCACCGGAUAGUGACGGUGGAAGCCCUGUGACGAACUACAUCAUCGAGUACAAGACGGUGAAAGGGAAAUCGUGGUCGAAGGUGAUAACCGUUGGCGGAUCAGUGUUCGAACACUGCAUAGAGAACCUGAAGGACAAGGAACAGAUCGUGUUCAGGAUAUCUGCUGAAAACGCGAUCGGCGUGAGUCUGCCAACACAGUCGCAGCAUGUGCGCUUGGACAAACAUGCGACGGUGCCGUCACCCCCGACCGCGCCGCUCGAAAUGCGCAUGGUCGGCAACAACAUGGUGAUGACUUGCUGGGGAACCCCAGAGUGGGACGGAGGUGCUCCCCUCCUCGGAUACAAUAUAGCCAUCCGUGACGUCACCAAGACCAUGUGGAUAGAGGUCGGCAAAGUGGACGCGAACAACCUCCAGUUCAACGUACGGGACCUGAACGAGAACCACACGUACAUGGUGCGGAUAUACGCGAGGAACGAGAUCGGACUCAGCGAGCCGCUCGAGUCCGAUGAGCCGUUCAAAGUCCUGCCCGGGGAAGAUUCGCACUUCGACGAGGAGCCAGGGGAGAUGACGGAAGCCACAGAGCCGACGUCGUUCAGCCAAACCACGACCUCGUGGCUCCGCGAGCACAACAUGGACGCCGACAUCCGCUCGUACGCGAGGGGCUCGCUCCUUCGCCGCGACGAGUACUUCUUCCGCAUCUGGUACUACGCCAAACAACUCUUCAAGUGAACACCCCGCGCGUCCAAACAAUAAUUACCUGUGAUAUCUCAACACGACCCAUUCUAGUACGAUAGUCGUAGUUUAGCGCUAAAGCGUACAUCCUUCGACGAUUCAGUUGAAGUAUUUAUUCUAGACUAAGAUAUUUAUUUAUUUAAUUUAUUUCUCUAUUGUAAAUAAAACCUGACCGACGUGUUCGUGCGUCGGUGGGAGACGUUAAUAUAGGUGCAAAAUUUUCAUUUCGAUAUACGAGGCACGAACACAACUGGUCAGGUUUUAUAUUGUAUUACUCAAAUGUUCGAUAAUAAAUUGCUGUUAAAAUAAUA